UAUACUAUUAGUCCAACAAGUAAAAUAACAUAAGAAAAAAACUCACUUCGAAUCAGCUCCAUUAAUGGACUCUGUCAAUCAAAAUAGAGAAACUGAAACAGAAGAAGAAGAUACAAAGAAGAGCCUCCCCAGUGACGAUCUCAGCAAGUACAUAAACACCAUCUCAACACUUCCCAAAACAAACUGUUUCGAGACAACUCUUUACAACUACCAGGGUUUCUGGUACCAACAUGAUUACGUUCUCGGAAAAAUGUUAGCCGAACAGAACUUCAAGCCUCAACCUUCCGACAUCAUCCUAUGUUCUUUUCCUAAAACAGGCACAACUUGGCUUAAAGCUCUCGCGUUUGCCAUAGUCACGCGCUCUCACUCCACAGCUGAAUUCCCUCACCAGUGCGUUCCAGUCAUCAAAGUCGGCGAUCAUCCCGAUCCAAGAACUCCACUCCUUGCUAGCCACAGCAGCUAUUCUUCUUUACCACCGUCCAUUGCAGAUUCAGGUUGUAAGAUUGUUUACAUAUGUAGGGAUCCAAAGGACGUGUUCGUGUCUCUUUGGUAUUUCCUUAAGAAAUUUCCAUAUGUUAAUCCUGAAAAAUAUCCUAGUUUAGAGCAAGGGUUCGAGUUAUUCUGUCAAGGACUUGUUCCUGCCGGGCCGUUUUGGGAUCAUGUUUUAGAGUAUUGGAAAGCCAGUUUGGAAUUUCCUGAAAGAGUUUUGUUUUUGGUGUAUGAAGAUAUGAAAAAAGAUUCUGUUUCUGUUGUUAAGAAGUUGGCUGAGUUCAUGGGAUACCCUUUUAGUAUGGAGGAAGAAGAACAAGAUUUGGUGCAAAAGAUUGUAGAUUCUUGUAGUUUUGAAGCUUUAAGUAAUUUGGAUGUCACUAAAAAUGGUGAGCAAUGGCCGAAUUCGCAGUUUACUGUUUCUAAUAGUUCUUUCUUUAGAAAAGGUGAAGUUGGGGACUGGAGGAAUCAUCUUACGGAGGAGAUGGCAAACCGUUUGGAUCAAAUAACAGAUGAAAAACUAGGUGCCUCUGGUUUUACUUAUUUUUCUCAGCAAUGAUCAAUUGUGUAAUGUAGAACAGUGUGCGAGUUGCAAUAAAAGACUUUAUUUUUUUUCUUUUUUAUAAUUUUCAUAUCAAAUUCCAGAGUGUACUCUUACAAUCACAAAGCUACAUCAAUUAAACUAGAGUAAAUUUCGUA